AUGUUGGCAAACGGCGCUUUGGCCAAAUUCUGGUCCAAUGCGGACAAGUACCUGAUGUACACUGGUGUCCCCUUUUCCCCGGCCGUCAUCAUCAAGGCCAAGGGUACCAAACUUUACGACGCCGAUGGUCGCGAAAUUCUCGACUUCACGUCGGGGCAGAUGAGCUCGCUCCUGGGCCACUCUCACCCCGAGGUCGUCGAGGUGGUCAAGCGCUAUGUUGGGGAGCUUGACCAUCUUCUCAGCAAUAUGAUCAGUCCUCCUGUGGUUGACGUUGCUCAACGCUUAGCUAGACUUCUCCCUGGAGACUUGGAGAAGUCUUUUUUCCUAAACACUGGCUCUGAAUCGACCGAAGCAGCCCUGAAAAUGGCAAAGUGCUAUACUGGAAAAUUCGAAAUUGUCGCUUUCUCUGCCAGCUACCACGGCCUCACUCAGGGAUCAGGCUCCGCCACAUACUCUGCAGGUCGCAAGAACGGUGGCCCAGUGAUGCCAGGCCAAAUCUCCUUCCCUGCCCCGUACCCUUACCGGUCCGUAUUCCGUAAGGCGGAUGGAUCGUAUGACUGGGAGACCGAGCUCGAAUUUGGCUGGUCUAUGGUGGACCGACAAAGUGUUGGAUCCCUUGCCGCCUUCAUCAUGGAACCCAUCCUGUCUACCGGCGGUAUUCUCGUGCCUCCCAACGGUUACUUGAAGCGCAUGGUCGAAGAGUGUAAGAAACGCGGAAUGCUUGUCAUUAUGGAUGAGGCACAGACUGGUGUAGGCCGCACAGGACAGAUGUUUGCCUUCGAGGAGGAUGAGCUAGUGCCAGAUAUUCUGUGCCUCUCUAAGACCCUUGGUUGUGGUCUUCCUCUGGCAUCAGUCACGACAACGGCGGAAAUAGAGAGGGGUUGCAGACAAGCUGGGCUUCUAUGGCUUACCACUCACCUCAACGACCCGUUGACUGCUGCGGUCGGUGACAAGGUGUUGGAGAUUGUUGAGCGUGACAACAUCCCACAAAAGGCUGCUGAGCGUGGUGCACAACUCCGCGACGGUCUUCUCAAGCUGCAGGAAAAGUACUGGUGUAUCGGAGAAGUCCGAGGUCGUGGUCUAUUCCAGGCUAUUGAGAUCAUUUCUGAUGCUAAGACGAAGGCUCCAGGCCCAGAAUUAGGGCAGGCUGUGUCUGAUCGCGCCUUGAAACUGGGACUCUCUUGCAAUGUCGUUAACUUACCUGGAAUGGGAGGCGUGUUCCGUCUGGCUCCUCCUGUCACAGUCACCAAGGAGGAGAUUGAUGCGGGAUUGGGUUUACUCGACCAGUCAUUCAAAGAAGUUUUGGAGGAGCGUGGUCUUUCAGCCAAGCUCAGAUAA